UGCAAUAUCGUCACUCGUGACUCGUGCGUGUGCGUGAGCGCUACGUACAGGGAAGGUGCAUCAUGGCCCCGGUGGGCCAUGGCAGUGAUGCUCAGCUGCAGAUCCGCCAAUGAAGGCCCACGACAGUUCGAAGUCCCCUAGACGAUCAUGGCUUCCGCGCAUCUUUCGCCGCAGCUUCUCUAGGUCCUUCCCUGUCUCCCCUGGGAGGAGCAGGAUGCCCGCCGCCGGUGCUCGAUGGAGGAACUUUUUCCGGGGGGUGUGGCUCGUGACCACCGCGCUUGUAAUCAUAGCUGUGCCAUGGAUGUCCCUGGCAAUGAAGAAGCAGGACUAUACGAUCCAUGCCAUUGCCUGGUUCACAGCUGGAGUGUUUGUUCUGCUGGCUCUGCCCAUCUCCGCUUACGAGAUUGCUCAACACCUCGACAGCUACACCAAACCCCUCGAGCAGAAGAAGAUCAUCCGGAUACUAAUGAUGGUCCCCAUUUACGCAGUUGAUAGUUGGCUCGCCCUUCGGUUCAAGAACGUGGCAAUCUACAUCAACACUUUAAGAGAAUGUUAUGAGGCGUAUGUAAUCUACAGUUUCUUUGAGUACUUAUUAGCAUAUGUCGGGGGGGAGACGCGGCUUGGGGAGGAGAUUGAGUUGAAGCCGCAGGUCGAACAUGUGUUUCCGUUUUCGUUGGCGCUGAAACCGUGGCGGAUGGGGCAGACGUUCGUAAAGAACUGCAAAGUGGGGGUCCACAAUUAUGUGGUUGUACAGCCAAUACUGACCAUGACCGCACUCUUCUGCGAGUGGGGGGGCUACUAUGGGGAAGGCUCCUUCAACCCGCAGAAGGCCUACGUGUAUUUAACCUUUGUCUACAACGUUUCUCAAAUCUGGGCCCUUUAUUGCCUGGUCAUGUUCUACCGGGCAGCACACGAAGAGCUGCAGCCUAUGAAGCCCUUCGCCAAGUUCGCCUGCGUCAAAGCCGUCGUCUUCUUCAGCUUCUGGCAAAGUGUUGCUAUAGCAAUCCUGGUCAAGUUCAACGUCAUCCGGUCACAAGAAACCCUCUCCAAUUACGAUGUUGACGACGUUGCAACGGGGAUCCAGGACUUUCUGAUCUGCAUCGAAAUGUUUUUCGCGGCCAUCGCGCACGGCGUCGCAUUUUCGGCGUCAGAGUACGCGGAUCCGACGAUGCCGAAAAAGCCGUUUUUUCACAGCCUUUUAGACAUGUGCGAUAUAACGGACAUAACUAGUGACACUUGGGGUCGAGUUGCGUCUGCGAAAGACCAUGUCAUAGACGGGGUAGUGUCAAUUGUUCCAAGGAAAGCGCCGGGAAGCCCGCGGAAGAUACGGAUUGAGAUGCCGGACUUCUUGGAUGACAACGUAGAACACUCGCUUCUAUUAACAACUGACGAAAUACGAACAGACAGGCAAUGAAAUAUAAGCCGACUUUAUAGAUAUCGAAAAUUCUUACAAAGCUAGGGGUGAAUACUCGUGAGCCGCAAUUGUUUGUCGCGCUUGCAAGCCCUGACUAUAAUUGUCUUGGCACUUCUGCACGACGCACAUGGGAGAGUUGAUCUCAAGUGUAGACCUAUCCGCUCCCAUUCCACUAGAACGACCUGGUGGGCAGAUUGUGGAUUGUGCAUUUGGGGUUUCUUUCACCGUGAGGCGGGCCCGGGGUCAAUCGUGUAUGCAUCAGCUAGAUGAAGCA